UUCGGAAUCAAUUCAGCAGCGCAAGACUCGUUUUUUGACAUUUGUAUCGCAGGGUUGAGUGGAGAAUUUAUGGACUCUGCCUUUUGUUGGCAUCAUGGGCGCUUUGUGCUCGCGGUAACUUAUACUUGGCCCAAAAAGUAAUAAGCAAUUCGCUUGGAAAGCAACCGAAUGGGGAACCAUAUAAAAAGGCUCCCCCGACCAAAGUCAGUUAUCAGUCAACGUUCGUUCUCGACCAGACAGAAUCAGCCAACAUGUUCAAGUUUGUGAUGAUCCUCGCCGUUGUGGGAGUGGCUACCGCCCUGGCCCCAGUCUCCCGUUCCGAAGAUGUCAACGCCGAUGUCCUUUCCCGCUCCGAUGAUGUUCGUGCCGAUGGAUUCGAUUCCAGUCUGCACACCUCCAACGGAAUCGAGCAGGCCGCCAGCGGCGAUGUCCAUGGCAACAUCCAUGGCAACUUCGGAUGGAUCUCCCCCGAGGGCGAGCACGUGGAGAUCAAGUACGUCGCCAAUGAGAACGGAUACCAGCCCUCGGGAGCUUUGAUCCCCACUCCUCCUCCAAUCCCAGCGGCCAUUGUCCGCGCCCUCGAAUGGCUGCAGUCUCACCCCCCAGCCCCCGAGCAACCCCGUCGUCACUAGGACUCGUCACCUGGAUCCCGGACCACUCCACGGACUGUUCUCCCGAAACAUAUCGCUCUAGUUGUUUAUCUAUACUUCUUGACUUUCAAAAAAAUACAUGCACAUGCUUAUAGCAGUAAGCAUAUAGCAGUUCUUCAUUGAAACCUUUCUUUAAGUACU